AUGGCCUUCGCCGCGAGCUUGUGCGACUGGAGCGCGCCGGCGGCGGUGACGGUCGGGUCGUUGGGGCGCACGGGCUCGAAGUCGAUGACCAGGCCGACCGUCAAUGCGGUGCAGAACGGCGUAGAAGGCGCGGAGACGGACGCCGGGGUGAAGAGCGUGCGCGCAUCAGUGCCGAUGUCUGCGAGACAGCAGGAAAGGGAGCGAGAGGGAGAGAGAGAGAGAGAGAGAGAGAGAGAGAGAGAGAGAGAGAGAGAGAGAGAGAGAGAGAGAGAGAGAGAGAGAGAGGAGAGAGAGAGGGAGAGAGAGAUGAAGGGAGAACGAUAG